AAAACACUUCCCCGCGUUAGAGCCCAACUUCUCCCAAAGCGUCCCGGGACUCAGAGCCGCGCUCCUUCCACGCCCUCAGCUUCCUUAGGAUUUGUUUCUCAGGGAUGGCCGCAUCUAUUCUGGAGGUAGGGAAUGUAAUUGAAGACGCACGCUAUGGCUCCAGUCCCCUGGCUAUGUUAACUGCUACCUGUAACAAGUUUGGCAGCACCAGCCCUGUCAGGGAUUCAGCUACACCUGCUAAGACCGGCAGCAGCACUCCGAUAAAGAAGCCCUACACCAUGACCUCCGACCUUCAGACAGCUAAGAACGGGCGGACCACAGAUGGCACUGGCCUGGCAGACUCCUAUACUGGCUCCUUCACUACAGCUGGAGGAGGAGGUGGUGGUGGGCUGCUUACCCCGACUGGAAGCCCCCCUCAUUCAGUUGGAGGCUACACUACAGAAUAUAACCCUUUCUCCCACUCCUUCCAGACCUCAGUCUCCCAGGACCCAUCUCUUUUAGUGUCCAAGGCCCAUGCUACAGCUGACUGUCUCACCAGUGUCUAUACCUCACUGGAUAUGACUCAUCCCUAUGGCUCCUGGUAUAAAGCUGGUAUCCACUCUGGCAUUACUGCGGCUCCAGCUAAUGCUACAUCCUCCUGGUGGGACGUCCACCCCAACUCCAAUUGGCUGUCAGCAACACAGUCACAGGCAGAUGGAAGUCUCCAAACCUCCCUACAGCCUGUAGCACCACAGGCCUCCCUUAGCCCACAGCUGCCCAGUUACAGCACCGACUUUACCCCCCUCAACCCAGCUCCUUACCCUUCUGUGGGACUAGGCUCCUCCUCACACCUGCUCCAGUCUUCCCAGCACAUGUUACCCCAGGACAUGUACAAGCCCAAGCCUGUGCCAAAUGCAGGGCUGAUUGAGAGUCCCAUGGGCUUAAAGCCAGCGAGGGGUUCAGGGGGCUACAGCGGAGGGGCUACACCUGCUAGAUCCUCAUGUGACUGCCCCAACUGCCAGGAGCUGGAGAGGCUGGGAGCCUCUGCUGCAUCCCUGAGGAAGAAGCCGGUCCACAGCUGCCACAUCCCAGGGUGUGGUAAGGUUUAUGGUAAGGCCUCCCACCUCAAAGCCCACCUGCGCUGGCACACCGGCGAGAGGCCCUUUGUUUGCAACUGGCUGUUCUGCGGGAAGCGUUUCACUCGCUCGGACGAAUUGGAGAGGCACGUGCGCACCCACACUAGGGAAAAGAAGUUCACCUGUCUUCUGUGCAACAAGCGUUUUACACGUAGUGACCACCUCUCAAAGCACCAGAAGACCCACGCAGAUUCUGCAAUGCAAGGGAAAGCUGUAGCUGCGGAGGGAGACACAGACCCUCGGAGUGAAGAGACCGUAGAGCUCAGCAGCACCAGCGCUGUACCCGCCAAUCCUGUCACUGACCAAAUCACCAAUGGAGAUGAGAAGAGUGGCACACCUAAUGGAGUGGAGAACAGCAGUGGACUGUUGGAGAUUUGACUUCUUUAAGUCUUCUUUUCAGUACUAUACUCAGACAUGGAGGGUUAGUUUUUAUGGGAGAAAUUACACAUUUUUGAUGAAUAAAGACUGUAUUUUGUUUCAACAUAUAUGAAGGACACUAGAUCGAGGUUUAAAAGACUUGAUAUGAUAAAUGACUGUGGAUGUCGAUGGUAGAAAUCACUUCAUUUUCUCUGGACCCCACACACACAUAUACACAAAAUGAGAAGGCCUGCAAACAAACCAAAGCACAAAUGACUGCAGGCACAUGAUGAAGACAAAUAUAACUUUGUGUAUUGCAUGUGCACAUACACAUGCGCAAAGAUAACUGUAGGCAAAUGUGCAUAUAUAAUGCACACAUGCAUGCAAGUGGACACACAGACAUACAACUACACACGUUCAUGCACACGUUUUGUAGCCUACACACAAUUUUUGCCUUUCAAAUGAGACAAACCACUGGGGAAGUUUAAUCUGCAAGAGCAAAAGGAAAAGAGCUUUGAAGCCACAAAAGGAAAGUAGUUAUAGUUCGAGACUUAUGGUUAGCUGAUGGAGCAUUGCAUGCCUAGAGAAAAAUCUGAUUUACAGCUGUACUUUAAUACUUCACUAUUCUUGAAACAAUCUACAGUCUUACUAACCGCUUUUUGUUG